AUGCGUUUGGGCCCCGGCGGUGUGUGGCGGGCUGCCUCCCUCGAAUCACUACGGGCUUGUGGCUGGAGAAUGAGUAAGCAGUCGCCGGACCCCGAAGGCCUGGAGCCGGGUGGCGUGGAGGAGCACACGCCCGCAGGCACUGGGGCCUCGGCCGCGAGCGCGUGGUGUUGGGGCCGGAGGGGGAGGGGAGUAUAUUUGAUCAUGGUGAAAGCACUGAAAGAGAAGAUUGAAUCUGAGAAAGGGAAAGAUGCCUUCCCAGUAGCAGGUCAAAAAUUAAUUUAUGCAGGUAAAAUCCUCAAUGAUGACACUGCUCUCAAAGAAUAUAAAAUUGAUGAGAAAAACUUUGUGGUGGUUAUGGUGACAAAACCCAAAGCAGUGACCACACCAGCACCAGCUACAACGCAGCAGUCGAGUCCUGCCAGCACCACCACUGUUAGUUCCUCCUCAGCAACAGCUGUGGCUCAGGCACCAACCCCUGCCCCUGCUUUGGCUCCCACUUCCAUACCUGCAUCCAUCUCUCCAGCAGUGACGACAGCGUCUUCUGAGCCUGCACCUGCUAGUGCAGCUCAGCAGGAGAAGCCUGCAGAGAAGCCCGCAGAGACACCAGUGACUAGCAGCCCUGCACCAACUGACAAUACAUCAGGAGAUUCUUCUCGGUCAAACCUUUUUGAAGAUGCAACAAGUGCCCUUGUGACAGGUCAGUCUUAUGAGAAUAUGGUAACUGAGAUCAUGUCUAUGGGCUAUGAACGAGAGCAAGUAAUUGCAGCCCUGAGAGCCAGUUUCAACAACCCUGACAGAGCAGUGGAGUAUCUUUUAAUGGGAAUCCCUGGAGAUAGAGAAAGUCAGGCUGUGGUUGACCCUCCACAAGCAACUAGUACUGGGACGCCUCAGUCCUCUGCGGUGGCUGCAGCUGCAGCAACUACAACAGCAGCUACUACAACAACAAGUUCUGGAGGACAUCCUCUUGAGUUUUUACGGAAUCAGCCUCAGUUUCAACAGAUGAGACAAAUUAUCCAACAGAAUCCUUCCCUGCUUCCAGCAUUGCUACAACAGAUAGGUCGAGAGAAUCCUCAAUUACUGCAGCAAAUUAGCCAACACCAGGAGCAUUUUAUUCAGAUGUUAAAUGAACCAGUUCAGGAAGCUGGUGGUCAAGGAGGAAGUGGCGGAGGUGGCAGUGGAGGAAUCGCUGAAGCUGGAAGUGGGCACAUGAACUACAUCCAAGUAACACCUCAGGAAAAAGAAGCUAUAGAAAGGUUAAAGGCAUUAGGAUUUCCUGAAGGACUUGUGAUACAAGCAUAUUUUGCUUGUGAGAAGAAUGAGAAUUUGGCUGCCAAUUUUCUUCUACAGCAGAACUUUGAUGAAGAUUGAAAGGGACUUUUUUGUAUCUCACACUUCACACCAGUGCAUUACACUAACUUUGUUCACUGGAUUGUCUGGGAUGACUUGGGUUCAUAUCCACAGUACUUGGUAUACGAUAGAUUGUUGGGGUGGGGUGGGAGGGAUCUAGGAUACAGGGCAGGGAUAAAUUACAGUGCAUGUCUGCUUCGAUUAGCAGAUGCCGCAAAUCCAUACAGUGUGUAAAAUAUACAACCAAAAAUCGGCUUUUGCAGGUCUUUAUUUCUUCUAUAAAACAGUAGGUGACUUUUCCUAGGUUUCACUCCUUUUAGUGUACUAGAUCCAGAAAUUUAGUGUAAUGCCCUGCUUUAUAUUUCUUGACCUAACAUUGGUUUCCAAACAAAUCCUUGCUACCUAGAAUUUAUAGUCUCUGUUUCAUGGCAACACUGGAUAACGGCUUUUUGAAACUGAAAAGAAUUUUGGAGCAACUGUAAACAGACAUGCCAAAUUAUCAAUGGUCAUUGUUGCUGCUUCACAUAAGUAUAAAAUUAAUGUGUAAGGAAGCCCAUUCUUUGACGUUAAAUACUUGGGGUGUGGGAAGGGAGAAGGCGAACUUUUUCUUAAAUCAGAAAUUAUACUACUAUUUUAAAAUUUCUUGAUCAUUGAAUGCGAGACCCUUCUAACAUGAUUUGGGAAGCUGUACAAGUAUAGGCAGAGUUAUUUUCUUGUUUACAUUUUUUGUUUUGGGGGGAAAAUUAGUAGGUGUCUAAUAACUGUUUGCUUCAUUGUUAUCUUGCAGUAAAAGAUUUAAAACAA